UGUAAAAUCAGUGCAGACUGGAGACUGGGGCGGCGCAGGUGCAUUUUGCAGGUGGUGCACGCUUGACCGGCUCAUUCAGGUUCAGGUCGCGUGGGCCGGAAGCCUCGGAGGUGGGCCUUUGGAUCGGGGCAGGGUCAGGGUCGGUGGAGAUCAGGGCGAGAAGCAGGCGGGACAAGAUGCAGCAGCAGCAGGGGCCGCCGCAGGGCUCGGCCGACCUUCAGCCGCUCUACGAGAACCUGUUCAACCUGCAGGCGGCCGCUGCGGGGCCGCGGCGGAGCCGGGCGCCGCCCUACGAGGCGCCGCCGCUCUACGAGAACGUGCAGGCCGUGGCGGCGCGCAUGUCCGGCCUCUACCUCGGCGGCCACGGCGGCGGCCACCCGGCCGUCCCGGUGACCCCGGCGCCGCAGCCCGCCGUGCAGCUGCGCUCGGCGGCGCCGCCCGUCGCCACGGGGCUCACGGUCAGCGAGCCGCAGGGCAAGGACGGCCAGCUGCCCGGCGCCGAGCGCCAGCACGCAACCUCGCCGCCGCUCCCGUCGCCGCCCGUCGCCGCCGGCGCCGCCACGCACUCUCCGCGCGCCGAGUACGUCGUCAUGAAGCCGGCCGCCGCGCCAGUCAAGCCUCCCAAGGUGCGGAUGAAGCCGGGGGGCGGCGGAGGGAAGAACCUGCUGCCGUUCAUCGUGACGACGGGCAAGAAGAAGGGUCCGUCGGAGGCCGAGCUGAAAAUCGAGGAGCUGACGCGGCAGCUGGAGGAGGAAAUGGAGCGGCAGGAGGAGGAGGGCGAGUACUUUGGCGUCUGCCACACCUGCUCCGAGAAGGUGACGGGGUCAGGGCAGGCGUGCCAGGCGAUGGGCAACCUGUACCACACCAAAUGCUUCAUCUGCUGCUCGUGCGGCCGCGCCCUCCGCGGAAAGGCCUUCUACAACGUCCACGGACGCGUCUACUGCGAGGAGGACUACCUGGCGAGUGACGACGCAAUUCUCUACUCUGGCUUCCAGCAGACGGCCGAGAAAUGUGCCAUCUGCGGACACCUCAUCAUGGAAAUGAUCCUGCAGGCGAUGGGCCGGUCGUACCACCCUGGCUGCUUCCGGUGCUGCGUGUGCAACGAGUGCCUCGACGGCGUCCCCUUCACUGUCGACGUCGACCACAAGAUUUACUGCGUCAACGACUACCACAGGAUGUUUGCGCCAAAGUGCGCGGCGUGCGGCAAUGGAAUCACGCCGGUGGAGGGCACAGAGGAGACGGUGCGCGUCGUGUCGAUGAACAAGGACUUCCAUGUGGACUGCUACGUGUGCGAGGAGUGUGGCGUGCAGCUGACCGACGAGCCGGACAAGCGCUGCUACCCGCUGGAAGGCUGCCUCCUCUGCAGGGCGUGCCACCUGCUCCGGAUCAGCGCCAACCCCGCCGAGCAGCCCACGGCCGUCGCCGCCAGUUACAAGUACGUCAUCUGAACGCCAACCACGGCCUGCAGCUAUUUCCGCCGCCUCCAAAGAUGCAUUAUUCCGAGCAAACUCUCUUGCAUUUAUCUUUAAUUUUUGUUCAGCCGCUUCUUUUCAAAUGGUUACUAUUUUUAAUAUUGAGUUUCCCCAGAUUUAUUUACAUCGUGGGUUUCUGAACAAUAAAAACGAAUACUUUUAAGGAUAACA